CUCUCUCUCUCUCUCUCUCUCUCUCUCCUUUUCACUAACUUUUCCUUUGUAGCUUCAUCCCCAAAAACGCUCUGUUUUUCUUCCUCUUUUCCGCAAUUCUUUUUUCUUACCAGUUGUAGUAGUCUCUGCAACUCUUUCAAUUCCCUGCACACUUUCUUUUGAUUCUUUAAUCCGCUGUAUCAACCCUAGAGAGGUAUCUUAUUAAAAGCCUCUCUCUCUCUCUCUCUCUCUCCAGCCAUGCAAAUCAUAAGACACUCAUGAUAUAAUCACAACUCAAGCCCACCCUUUGCGGCUCUCCUUCAUUUCCCAUACUUCAAGGUGCUGAAUAUUUUCCUUUUUUGUAUCACAUCACAACCCUCUUUCUAUCUUUGAAAACCAUCUCUCUCUCUUUCAUUUCUUGUUAUCUUUGGCAGAUUUCGUCUCCUCCAUUUUACUGUUCCUAAGCUCAAACCCAAUGAGAAGCCCAGCUUUAGCUUUGCCUGAUCUUUCAUUACAGAUCAGCCCUCCAUUCAUUCCAGACUAUGAGUUUAAAGAAAUGGUCUCCGAUGGAUUUAUGAGAAAAUCAACCUACAGUGACCGGAGCUCCACAACUGAUUCCGGUACUAGCGGUAGUGAUUUAAGCCAUGAAAAUGGAAUAUUGUUCCACCCAGAAAGAUCUUUCCUUUCUGCUCCUUUCGAACCCACUUUGAGUUUAGGCUUUAAAACGGCAUCUUUGAAUCCUCUACCUUCAGAACCACCCAGAAUCCUUCGGCAUCACCACCAUUACCAACCUCACAUUUAUGGUCGUGAGUUCAAGAGAGGUUCAAGAAUGAUCGCUGGGGUAAAAAGGAGCGUUAGAGCUCCUAGAAUGAGAUGGACUUCAACUCUUCAUGCCCAUUUUGUUCACGCAGUUCAGCUUCUUGGCGGCCAUGAAAGAGCAACUCCAAAAUCAGUUCUUGAGUUAAUGAAUGUGAAGGAUCUAACCCUAGCUCAUGUGAAGAGUCACUUGCAGAUGUAUAGAACAGUGAAGAGCACUGACAAAGGAACAGGUCAAGAGCAGACAGAUUCUGGUUUGAAUCAAAGGACAGAUAUAAUUCAAGUUGAUGAGGUCGGGUUAUCUUUGGAGAAGGCUGACCCUGCUUGUUCUAUCAAACCAUUACCAUCAUUUCCACCAACUACACUUCAAAAAGCCCAAAU